AUGGCAACUUUUAAGGUUGCUCUUGUUCUUUUACUGGUUCUACUUUUCACACCCCCUUUUGUUCAUUCUCAAGAAUUUUACAAUUCAAAUAUGAAUCCGUUGGAUCUCAAAGCUCUUCUUUCUAUCAAAACCACUCUUACUGAAAUCUCACGCACCAGCUCCUUCUUCUCCACAUGGAACCUCACCGCACGAAAUCCCUGCUCCUCAUUCUCCGGGGUCACUUGCUACUUCAACCGAGUCACCAUUCUUUCACUCGGCACCGACUCACUCCAACUCGCUGGAUCACUCCCCGCAUCCAUCUCCUCACUCACUGAGCUAACACAGCUCAUCCUCUUCCCCGGUAUCGUCACCAGUUCCAUCCCUCCCCAACUCGCUCAACUCACCAAACUCCGAGUGAUCUCAUUGCCUAACAACCGCUUCACCGGGACCAUACCCUCCGCAUUGUCGUUUCUUAGAAAUCUCCACACACUCGACCUCAGUCAUAACCAACUCGCCGGGUCAAUCCCACCGGGUCUCACCGAGUUACCGCAACUCAGAAUCCUAAUCCUCGCUUCAAAUUCCCUCACCGGCUAUUUACCAGAAAACGUAUCCUCGCCGUUACUUCAUUUGGACUUGAAGAACAACCAACUCACAGGACCGUUACCAACGUCUAUACCGUCAUCUCUCCGUUAUCUAUCGUUAUCACAGAACCGAAUGUGGGGUCCACUUACCAACGGAUUAGAGUCACUUUCAGAGUUAGAGUUUCUCGACCUCAGCACGAACCAAUUCAUUGGGCGUAUUCCAGCCCAACUCUUCUUCAGGCCCACGCUCUCUUCACUCUUCCUACAACGCAACAAUCUCUCUGGUGGACUUCCUCAGAGGCCCACCGAUGGAGAACCGUCGAUCGGAUCCUCAUCGUAUGGUCAAGGAUCCAUAGUUGAUCUGAGUCAUAACUCACUUAGUGGAGAAUUAUCCACGGUGUUUGAUGGAGUUGAAAGCUUAUUUUUAAAUAAUAAUCGUUUGAUUGGGAGAGUUCCUGAGGAGUACGUUAACAGCGUGUGCCGCGGAAGCACCAGAACACUGUACCUUCAGCAUAACUACUUCACAGGUAUACCGUUGGAAAAAGGAACGGUGAUGCCUGAUACGGCGUCGUUAUGUUUGUUGUACAACUGCAUGAAGCCGCCGGCGAAGCUGAUGACGUGUCCGGCAAGUGCAGGUGAAGAAUUAUCUAGACCAGCAUCACAGUGUUCUGUGUUAAACAAUGGCGACCGUGAUUAA